CACUGGUGGGUGGCACUUCUGGGCACAGGUAGGUGGCACUGCUGGGCACAGGUGGGUGCACUUCUGGGCAUAGGUGGGUGCACUGCUGUUCACAGGUGGGCGGAACUGGUGGGUGGCACUGCUGGGCACCGAUCAUCAGGGUACUGAUCAUCAGUGCUCUGAUGAUUGCGUGAGGAAAGUGCAGCCGAGAACCGGAAAUUGCAUUUCCCGGUGAUCAGUGUGUCAUUGGACACGGCUGAUCACGUGGUAAAAGGCCGCUGUGAUAGGCCUUUUACCACAUCAUGUGAUCAGCUGUG